AUGGCUCGAGUGAAAAGUGUAAGCCAAGCUAAAGAUAGGUUACAACAAGCUGUUCGUUCAGGGAAGAACCUAGCAAGGGAGGAAGUUAAAGAAAAGAAGCAUUUGAAAUUCUUGCAUAAAAAGAAUUUAAGGCCUGUUCGAAACAAUUCUGCAAUAGCGUUAUUGGAAGACCUACUUCAAAAGAAAUUCCCAGCCGAUACUAAAGUGGGGCCACUUACUGCACUUACCGAUGAAGAGCUUAACAUAAUAUUCAAUCAACCUAAUAAGAGAUUGAAGUACAAGAUAUUGGGAACAUCUGGAAACCAGCUGCAAAACUCUGUCCUAGUAGAUCGGGAUGUCACGAAAUAUCUUCAAAGAGGUGAUCUUACCAGAGCUGUUUUAUUGGCUGAAAUGGCUGGUGAAAAUGGAAUAUUUGCUGUGGGAACAAUACUUAAGUCACUUUUAGCUCAUCAGCGCUUUAAUAAGGCCCUUUUACUUUUCAAUCGGCUUAAGAAAAGAAGCAUCAAGCCAGAUGGAAGGGUUUUAAACAUUAUGUUCUCUGGCCUUACAAGAAAUCAUUCUCUACCUGAGCAUGUUUCACAGCCGUCAUUAUCUAGUGAGCAGGCCAGCAAGCUGUAUUCUAUAUUUUCCUUGGCAUUGCACAAAACGCCCGAUGAGUUGUCUGUUAUUCAUGUUAACUCGCUACUCAAAGCCUUUCGUACUGCGAAUAGGCCGGACCUUGCAAUAAUGCUCUUUGAUAAAGCUGGAAGUACGAAGUUAAAGGCACUUCGUCCAGAUUUGAGAACGUAUACAGAGAUGUUUUCCAAUUUGAGAUCAUAUACAGAUGACUUUCGGACUGCUGUGAAGACGACAGAAACUCUUUUUGCAAGAGUACAAAGAAAUCCCGCCAUUAAGAUUGAUUCAAAACUUAUCCGAUCUUAUUCUUCAGUAUUCGUGUUUGCAAAUGAUACGCGUUUAUGUGCUAGGGCAAUUACAAUUCUUAGAGAUUGGUAUAAACUCUGCAAGAAGGAGGAUAUUGGUCAAAUAAUUAAUGCAUCCGAAUAUGAUGAAUCGUUGCUACAUAAGGGUAAUAGAAAAAUAUCCGAAGACGUAAAUGUGGAAAGAGAUAUUCUAUUACCUCGCAAUGAAAUCAAUCUCAAGAAACAUAAACGGUUUGAGGUUGACCAAACUAUUCUAAGAAGAUACCAAAGCUUAUGUGACCUUUUUAAACUUCAAAACUCUUACGUGAGUAGGGAAAGCAAAAGUUUCAAAGGUCACCUUUAG